CGAAACGGUACAGUCAUUGCAGUCUGUGGAUGUUUUCCGCCGAAUGAAUAUCAGUUAAAUUGUAUUUUAACACUGUAAAAUUGAACUUAAAAUAUAACUUGAAGUCAGAGUUUCCCGAUUUUCAUCCUACAUUCACGGAUGUUGCGGAUGCAAAUGGUGACAGCAAAGAAUCCAUUCCUCUAAUUGUUCCAUAGCAUACUUUUAGUGAAGUUAAUUUUAGGGAAAAGUUAAAAAAGAAGGACAUGGAUUGACAAUGAAUGAUAUAAAACUUAUUAAAUAUAGAUCCCUUUGUAACUAUUUUUAGUCCAUAUUUUAAUCAUAACAAGCAGAACAAAAUUAAGGCUUUGACUUGAAAUGUUUUUUCGACUUAUUGGUUUGUUCUCUGAAAUUGGCAUAGCUUAGUGAGUGAUAGCCUCAUCUGUUGAAGCAACCAAUGUUUUCUUUUACAAUAAAGUAAUUGCCAAUUUGUCAUAUAAGAUAUAUCUAACUCCCUCUGUCUUAUUCUUUAACUUUCAGAAAUCCAAAGCUUCAUGCUAUUCCAAACUUGCUUAAUGAUCUCCAAAUGAGAUACAAGUUGAACCCGAAGGAGGAACAUAGCAAAAUACAAGGCGACUCUACAUGAAUGAAUCGAAAAGAAAUAACAAUGAAUGCCAGCCAGCGAAAAAAGUCUCGCCGGUGUUUGAACAAGAUCUCAAUUAUCUUCCUUAUGAAAAAGACGAGUCUGAGUUACUGGAUGACGGGACAGAUUUUGAAAGUUCUUCAGGUUUUGUAGGAAAGAAAAAGAGGGCACCAAGUUACCAUGUAGCUAAAAUUACUUUAUCAGAUUUAGUCAAGUACUUUAAUAUGCCAAUUGCAGAAGCUUCAAAAAAUCUAAAUGUUUGCCUUACUGUUCUCAAAAGCUACUGUUUUGUCUGUGGUAGAGAGAAGAAAUAUGCUUCUCCUUAGUCACAUUCUUCCGGUGUUUCUUCAGUGCUACGCCGACACGAGCAGUUGUUGCUUUAUAAUUUGUAUAUGAGUGUUUUGUGUUUGUCAUCUACUUAUUCAUUUCACAGUUGAGCUUCUACCGGAAGUUUGACUCAGUCUAAUAGCUAUUGUUUUACAACGAAGCGGUUUGUGUCGAAGCCAAGAUGUGUUGUUUCUGAUGGUGUGUUGGAAUCCCUUCCUCCCAAUGGCGCACCAUCCAUGAAAAGUUAUGUGUUAAAUUGUGUAGGAAUUAGUUCUGUUCAUGAUACCUUUAGAUACUAAAUUGCUUUCUAGAAAAUGGUUUUGUAGUUUAGUUCAACUGUCUGGUCUCUUCCAAUGUGUUUGUAUAUGUG